AUGGCUAGUUUUUCAACAGAAAUGAACACAUCACACAAAAUAAGAUCACUAAGCUUACCUUCAAAGCUAAAUCCGAUCAACCACAGAAUUGAACAAGAGCUGAAAAGGCUCCGAUCAAAAGAAGAAGCAUCAACAUCAGCCUCGGAAAGCAUCAUCAUUGGUGUAUCAGGGCUAGAAAAAUUGUAUGGUUGUAUCAACCAAGCCUUGAGUCUUCCAAUGACUCAACAAGCUCUCUCACUUCGCCAACAUGAGAAACAUGUUGCUGAAUUAUUCAAGGGUUGCUCAAGCCUUCUUAAUGCUUGCAGCUUAAUCAAAGAAGUUGUUUUCCAACAAGUCGAAAUCACAAAAAGUCUUGAAUCUUCAUUUACAGAAAAGGAAGAUAUCUUAAAAAUACGAAGCAAUAUAGCUAAUUACAACUCCUUGAGGAAGGAGGUAAUAGGUAAAGCGAAAGACAUACUUAUGUCAUUAAAUCAACUCAAUGCUGAAGUCCUCGGAGAUGAAGAUUGUCACCGAUCAACUGUGAUAAAAUCACUAAGAUGUGUUAGCAUCAUUAACUUGUCUGUGUUCGAGUCACUUAUUUUAUUCUUGUCAGUGCCCAUGUCUAGGCAAAAAAAGUCACUGGUUUCUAAGCUGAUGAACAAGGCGGGGAAGUGGAAGUAUGAGAGCGGAAAUGAGAUAAAUGAUGUUGAUAAUGUGCUGCAUCAAUUGGUUUCGACAAAAGAUGCAAACGAUCAGAAGCUGCUGUGUUAUUCACUAGGUAAAUCGAAAGUGUUGGUAGGUGUUGUGGAGGGAAUUCAGAAUGAUUUAGAGAAGAUGUGCACACAAUUAUCGAAUACAAAAUUGUCACUCAUGAACAUACUCUCAUUCUAG